AUGCUCAGCAUUUUUCCCCCUUCCAGCUGCCAAGCCCUAGCACGCUUUCAUCCAAAUUAGCCGGGGACAGUCAGCAUGUUUUGCCACAGCACUGCGAGAAACAAUCUGCUCUCCAGUUCCAGCUCGUAAUCUUAUCAGAGGGAAUUUCUUUUUUAGAGGAAGAUGAUUUCGUCUUUGUCCCUUCCAUCCCUUUUCCAGCGCUCUAGCUGCCAACCCUGCAAUAGCAGGAAGGAAAGGCGUGGAAGGGAGAAAGGGGCUGGAGAGCUGAAGUGUGCAUUGUAAUGUCACAUUUGUGCCAGCCGAACUAAGUAGAUCAUUGGGUGGGGAGAGAGCGAGAGUGAGAGAGAGACUGUCUCUCUCUCUCCCUCUUCUCCCUCUCCCUCUCUUUUUUGGUAAGUAAGUAGAGACAUACUGCACCAUUUCCUGAUUCAGUGAGCUCUGGAGAGUUGCUGGCUGUGUGCAGCAGGGGAGGUGCUAGAGCUGAUCAAGCCGCGUAAUUUUAUACAUUACUGAAUCAGUGCAGGAGAACCUGGAGGGACAAAGCAUCCGCACAUCUUUUGGACAGCAUCGCCAAAGCCUCCCGCUUCGCCUCCUCCAGCCAUGCUCUGAGAGCUUUGUGCAUUUCCCUUGCACCCACCCACCCAUCUUUUCUCCUCCUUGCUCCCCACUCCUCUUUUUCUCCAUCCUCCCAUCAUUGCUCCUUCCUCCUCUUCCUCCUCCUCCUGGUGUAAAUGACAGAGUCGUCUGAUGAUGGCCCUUGUUAUGGAACCUAUUAGCAAGUGGACGCCCAAACAAGUAGUGGAUUGGAUGAAAGGCCUUGACGACUGCCUGCAACAAUACAUUAAAAACUUUGAGAGAGAGAAGAUCAAUGGGGAGCAGUUGCUACACAUCACUCAUCAGGAGCUGGAAGAGUUGGGAGUCACCCGAAUUGGCCACCAAGAGCUCAUCCUGGAAGCGGUGGAUCUCCUGUGUGCUUUGAACUAUGGCUUGGAGACAGAAAACCUAAGAACUCUUUCCCACAAGCUGAACGCCUCGGCCAAAAACCUUCAGAACUUCAUAACGGGUAGACGGAGGAGUGGCCAUUACGAUGGCAGAGCCUCCCGACGACUGCCAAACGAUUUCCUUACCUCUGUGGUUGACCUGAUUGGUGCUGCCAAGAACUUGCUUGCCUGGCUGGACAGGUCUCCAUUUGUCAGCGUGACUGAAUACUCACUGCUGAAAAAUAACAUUGUUCAACUGUGCCUGGAACUAACAACCAUAGUGCAACAGGAUUGCACGGUGUAUGAAACAGAAAAUAAAAUUCUUCACGUGUGUAAAACGCUGUCUGGCAUCUGUGAUCACAUCAUCUCCCUCUCAUCCGACUCUCUGGUGUCACAAUCCGCUCACCUCGAAGUUGUUCAUCUUACCAGCAUCAUGCCCAGUGAAGGCUUGGGGAUGUAUAUCAAGUCAACCUAUGACGGGCUCCACGUGAUCACUGGAACUACUGAAAACUCUCCAGCAGACCAGUGUAAGAAAAUCCAUGCAGGGGAUGAGGUGAUCCAGGUCAACCAUCAAACUGUGGUUGGCUGGCAGUUAAAGAACCUGGUAAAUGCCUUGCGCGAAGACCCAAAUGGCGUGAUCUUAACCCUGAAGAAACGGCCCCAGAACACCCUGGUGUCCGCCCCGGCCCUCCUGAAGAACGUAAGGUGGAAACCUCUAGCCUUGCAGCCUGUCAUUCCAACCAGCCCAACAAGCAAUUCCACCACGCCAACGAGCACAAUGGGCUUGAGCUCCAAAAUGGACAACUCGACUCUCCAAGACGUUUUCAUCCUCUCCCCCAUGUCAGGACUUUAUGGCCCCAGGGAUGACAUUGGGAUUGUGUCUUGCGAUGACAUCAGUAAAUAUGGCAUCGGGAAGUCUGGGAUGAAGGGUUCAGAGUCUCCAAGCUACUUUUUGGAACACGAAACCGGAAAGUAUUACACGUUAAUCGAAGGCGAGGGCCAUCCGGUGAGCUCUGAAUAUGAAAGAGGCAGAGCCACAGGUGUGCGGCGGAGAGAGAAGACACCCACGCAUGGUGAUCUCAGGCCAGUUUCUAUGCCAACAGAGUACAGCUGGAUAGGAGAUUCCAAAGAGCCAAAUAUGUAUAAAAGGGGAAGCCGAGACUCCGAGAGUUCACUCCUUCGAUACCUGAGUGAUGACAAGAUUUUGGUCAUCCAGGAGGAGCCACUGACUCAGAAGGACAACAAGCGAGAUACAGGGCGGCGGUCGAGGAAAAAGGGCAAGAACAGCGGAAGUCCCAACUACCCCAUUAGCCCUUCGGUGCUGACCUCAACUGUGAACGUCCGGCUCGAACCGGGACAGCAAGAGGCCCUCAACUUCUCCUUACCUGAGAACAACACUGUUCCUCUGUAUCACAGGGCAGGAGACACCAUCGCUGGAGAUUCGGAAAGGUAUGUGAGUUCUGCUGUGGAGCGUCAAGGAAGCACAUCAAUGAGGAAGUCUUUUCACUACGCUUCCCUGCGGGUAAAAAGCAAAAAAUGGCCCAAAGGAGGCUCACUGAACAACAGCAGCCGGCGGCGGAUCUCCUGCAAGGAUUUGGGGCAUGGAGAUUGCGAGGGCUGGUUGUGGAAGAAAAAGGAUGCCAAAGGCUACUUUACCCAGAAGUGGAAGAAAUAUUGGUUCGUGCUGAAGGAUUCCUCCUUGUAUUGGUACACCAACCAAAAUGAUGAAAAAGCAGAAGGAUUCAUCAGUUUGCCAGAGUUCAGGAUAGACAGAGCCAUCGAAUGCAGGAGGAAACAUGCCUUCAAAGCUUGUCACCCCAAAAUUAAGAGCUUCUUCUUCGCAACGGACUGCCUGGAAGAAAUGAAUAGGUGGAUGAACCGUUUAGGUCUUGCAGCGAUUGGAUAUACACCAGAUGACAAGGAUAUCCGGCCAGAUGAAGCAGAUUACUGGAGCGAAAGUGACCAGGAGGAUAUUGACGGCUCCUUAACGCUGAAACAAGAGGGACCUGCAACGAUUUGUGACACCUACCACCGAACACCCUCAAUGAAUUCUUCGAGUCCAUUCCCUGAGCCCAAACACGGCCGACAUUUCUCCAGCGAAUCAACGUAUUCUCAUUCUUCCGCGGAGGAUUCCCGGCAGGACCCAAUGGGAACGACGCAUUCAGCAGGCUGCAGGCCUCCCUACAGAGAACGGCGCUCGUGGCAGGACCUCAUAGAGACUCCCCUGACCAGUUCAGGCCUCCAUUUCCUCCAGACCGUCCCUCCCGACCCGGAGUACGUGAGUGGGCACCUCGGCUUAUCGCCAGAGAGGCGGCGGCAGGCGACGCUCCCGGUCCAGAGGCGGCACAACCUUGAGCAGGACGGCCCGUUCCCACUGGUGGAGUGCCACCGGGGCCCCAGUUCGCACACCCGGCCCCAGAAGCAGCGCAGUCAAAGCCUUCCGCGAAACAGAGACGUCCGAGUCAAAGGCCGUGUAAAACCCAGCGGGAUAACAGAGGAGAGAUCAGAAGAGAAACUGCCCAUUAAAAAGCAAAGUAGUUUGUGUGAAGAAGAAAACGUAGAAGAACAAAAAGAGAGCUCAGAUGGUUUGCAUGAAUUGUACAAGUCUCUGGAACAGGCUAGUUUGUCAGCGUUUGGAGAGCAACGUCCGUCCACCAAGCAGGAGUUCCGGAGGUCCUUCGUAAAGAGAUGUAACGAUCCUGUUAUCAAUGAAAAGCUUCAUCGGAUUCGAGUUCUCAGGAGCACUUUAAAAGCAAAGGAGGGAGACCUUGUCGUGAUCAACAACCUCCUCCAUGACCCCAAGUUGACGUCCAAAAAAUUCAAAGAGUGGAAAGUAAAGAACUAUGAGUUUUUCCUGGACAUUUGUGAGUACGGUGCGGCUCUCAAAGCCCAAAACGGGGCCUCUGAACUCGCAGCCCCGGCCCCGCUGCUGACACACACUCAUUCCUUCAUCGAAACCCACGUCUGACAGGAUGUAGCACCGGGAACACUUUUGGGGCAGGGAAGGCUGCGGGGAGGGACCGUGGGGAACCCAUUGUGACAAAACACUGUAACCUGUGUAAAUAAUGUACUCAGCUGUAUUGUAAAUAGGUUGGAUAAGAAACUAGUGCCACAGGAUGCCUACUUGCAUUGCAUGAUAAGACAGUCUUAUUUUCUUUGGAAUUCUUUUGGUUGUUUGCUGUUGGGUUCUGCAUUGGAACAAAGCAGUGCAGACAGCAUUCGCUGGCGAAACACCCCAGAAUAUUCACGAGUACUGUACUAAAGUCCGGAUGGAGAGAUAACGGAGCUCUCUUGUGAUUUUAUAUAUGUAGAUAUGACUGUGUGUCACUAUAUCUAUGUAUAUAAAAUGGAACUUAUUUUUUGAAAAACUCAUCCUCAUAAUCUCCCGUACCCUUUGCUUUUAUUCUUUUUUUAAGGUAUGGAAAUGUAAAGCAUUUUUUUAAAAAAACACACACACACACUCAAAGAAAAAAACCAGAACUGUAUCAACUGUAUUACAGUAGAGUCUUGCUUAUCCAACAUAAACGGGCCGGCAGAACAUUGGAUAAGCGAAAAUGUUGGAUAAUAAGGAGGGAUUAAGGAAAAGCCUAUUAAACAUCAAAUUACAUCAUGAUUUUACAAAUUAAGCACCAAAACAUCAUGUUUUAUAACAAAUUGACAGAAAAGGCAGUUCAAUAUAUGGCAAUGUUAUGUAAUAAUUUCUGUAUUUACAAAUUUAGCACCAAAACAUCCCAAUAUAUUGAAAACAUUGACUACAAAAACAUUGACUGAAAGGCAGACUGCGUUGGAUAAUAUAGAACAUUGGAUAAAUGAAGGUUGGAUAAGCAAGACUCUACUGUAUUACUCAAGGAAGAAAACUAAACCCUCAAUCUUAAAAUCUUUGCAGUAAAUUGUAGCUACACAAAGAAGGCUAGAGUCACAUGGAAAUGGUAAACAAACAACCCCUUUUUGGUGUGCCUUAAAAUGUAUAGUGUGUAUACCCAGGAAAACAUCUUUAUUUCCCCCUUUGCCACUCCAGGCACAACCUGUACAUGCCGUUGAAAUGCUGUGCUAUUUUAUACAAUACCGUGCCUGCUUCUCAGAAGAAGGAUGGGCCCGAGGAAAGUGUGUGUCUGUUUGUGUAUAUCGGUGUCCCGCGCACAGGAGAGGGUUGCAAAGCUGCUUGGCGUUGCUCUCAAGCAAUGCGCCUCCAAGUUGUUUGGACGUAUGCCGUUUUGGGGAACGGGGAGGUCCUUUUCUGAGAUCGUAGUUGCUCUUCCGGCGCUCAGCAUUUAUCCACUGUGAAUUUAGUGCCACAGACCUGUGAACCCACGACGUUCUGACAUUGACUUCUGAAACAAAACCACGGAAAAGUCUCAACUGGAAACUGGUUAUUUACACUGAGUGACAUCCUUCAGAUAUAUAUGGUUCAGGGACGGUUGGACUGAAGGCAACUAAAGGAUCACUUUUCAGGAAUUGUUCUACUGUAGCAAUUACACACACAGUAACACACCCAUAUAAACACAGAAUAACAGAUGACCUGCAAGGGGUUUGUGUAUGUAUGCCACGCCUGGAAGUAAAAAUGAGCCUGUGGAGCAUUGACUUGUUAGGGCCUUUCCACACAGCCAUAUAACCCAGAAUAUCAAGGCAGAUAAUCUGUCACCCCACUGAUCGCCGGGGUUGAUUCGGAUAAUCUACAAUGUCUGCUUUGAACUGAAUUAUCUGAGUCCACACUGCCAUAUAAUCCAGUUCAAUGUGGAUUUUAUACAGCUGUGUGGAAGGGGCCAUAGUCUGCUACCAGCAACAAGAGAUGGUUCAGGACAUUUCGGUGCCUUGCGGCAGGAAAUCAAAUUGGUUACAUUUGUGGUAACCAAUAAUAAUAAUAAUAAUAAUAAUAAUAAUAAUAAUAAUAAUAAUAAUAAUUUAUGUACCCCCAGAUGGCCAGCUAGGCAUAUAUAAGAAUUUCAUUUUAAGUAUUUUUUUAUAAAAUCAAAUUAACCAAUAUUCUUAGAACUGGGAGAAAGCAAACUGACAGUCGUCCACGCCCUAUGGUUAGUUUGCCUUAUUUAUUUAUAUGUAUUUAUAUCCUGCCAGAAAGAUCAAGGCAGCUUUGCUUUCCUCCAAGGAGCACACAACGGUCCUCCUUGCAUUUUUACCCCUCUCAGUCCCCUUGGGUGCAUCUGUGCUGUAGAAUGGAUGCAGUUUGACACCACUUUAACAACCUUACCGGUUCAUGCUAUGGAAACAUGGGAGUUGGAGUUUGGUGAGGCACCAGCUCUUUUUUGGCAGAGAAUGCUAAAGCCCUGGUAAAACUACAGCUCCCUUGGUUCCAUAGUGGUGAGCUAUGGCAGUUAAAGUGGUGUCCAAUUGCAGUGUAAAUGCCUUCCUUGUGAAAUAAGCUGCUUAAGCGGCUGAGGGGGGAAAGGAAGGGGUCUGAGGCUGUGGGAGUUGAAGCCCAAAACACCUGGAGGGCCAAAGUUUGCCCAUGCCUGGUAUAUACUCAUGUAUAAGCCGAAGCCAGUUUGGACGACAAAAUUAUGGAUACUGAGGGAGAUACAAAAGAGGUUACAUUAGGAUCGCCCCUGCUGUAAAAAAUUAAAAUAGCAUAUUAGGAUUAUACGAGGGUUGAAUGAAAAGUAAUGCCUCCACCUUCAUAACUCAACAGAUGGCAGUCCUGGUCUGCGGCAGGUGCUGGCUUGUUCAGUAGACUCUCCUCUACAGUUCCAUUUGGCAGGAAGCCUUAGCAUUGAGCAGUUGUGUUGUUAAAGUGCUAAGUAUGGAACCCUGCACAGACGGUCGGUCAAUGCAACUUAAGCAACAUGCAGUCAUUGAAUUCUUGACAGCAGAAGGUGUUACCCCAAAGGAGAAAGGUGUCACCUUCAUUCUCAUAAUGCGAGAGGAGUUUCUGGCAAAUUUCAAGUCUGUGCGCUUUCAUUUCAGGCAUCAGCAUCCUGGGUACCCAUCAUGCACAGAUCUUCCCAUAGCCAAGCAAAGCAAUAAUGUGACCCACACGUUCUUGUGAAAUGCCGAUGAUGCUUGAAAUUUCUCUGAGUGAUACGACGAUCAUCCUGAAUCAAUCUGUCAACCUUUUGCUUGUGAACUCGGGUGGUUGCUGUCACAGGAUGUCCAACUGUUUGUCAUGCAAGUCAGAUGUUUCCACCUCAACAUCUUUAAACUUACUCGCCCAAUGAGGCACAGUACUCACAUCAACACAAACAGCUUGUAUUAUCUGAUGAAUCUCCUUUGGGGCGACACCUUCGGCUGUCAAGAAUUCAAUAACUGUGUGUUGCCUAAGUUGCAUUGACCGACCAUCUGCGCAGGGUUCCAUACUUCGCACUUUAACAACACAACCGUUCAAUGCUAAGGCUUCCUGCCAAAUGAAACUAUAGAGGAGACUCUACUGAACAAGCCAGUACCUGCCGCAUACCAGGACUGCCAUCUGCUGAGGAGUUACGAAGGUGGAGGCAUUACUUUUCAUUCAACCCUCGUAGCUCACCUUUGGUUGGCUGUGCAGGUUUUCCAGAUUUUGAAUAUAGGAAGGGGGUGGAUUAAAAACAGCAUUCUGGAGGUCUUUUUCCUGAGUUCUUCUGGCACCUUUUUUGCUACUUGCGUGGGUUUGUGCCAAAGAGGUAGUUGCUGUUUGAACAAACAAGUCAUCAUCAAGCAACGAAACCCGCAUUUGUGGGACUAGCUCAAAGUCCCGGUAGCUUUGAAAAUGUGCAAUAUGAAAAUACCUAAAAGUCUGGCUGUUCUGCAGAAAGGGGCAAACAAGGAACAUUUGGUAAAGAAACGUCCCUCAAGUACAAGAAAUGCCUCCCAAGUGUGAUCAUCCUGUCUCUGCUCUAAUAAUACAACUAUUUAUGCACCGCAGUGAUUUUGGGAGAGAACGCUCCUGGAAGAAUGGUGCAAUUAUGCUCCUAGUAUCCCGAGAGGUCUUGUAUUGUGGAAUCAAUGCACUGCGCUCUUAAUUGUAUAUGGGUAGAACAUGGGACUAAAAUGCACGCAAGCUUUCAUUUGCUGAAAUACAUUUUUAAAAAACUUCCCUAGUGGCUUGCGUUGCUGCUGUGCUAAACAGUACAGUAACUAAAGCCAUUGAAAUAGUGACAGGCUUGAUCCCAAUCAUUGAUCCCAAUCUUAGGACAGGGAUAGGAAUCAUGCAACCCUCCAAAUGCAGAUGGAGUUUGCAAGAUGCUACCCAUGAGCCAGUUUUUAAAAUCUAGUUAUUUAAUAAAAGGCUUUUCCCAAAGAGGCAGAGUUGUACAGGCUUUGGUUCUAAGAAAAUGUCCAACUUUUGGAGCUAUAAAGACAACCUUAAAACUGUGGAGGAAUUGCCUUCUGGAACGAAGGCAGUGUUUUUGAUGCUUCCAAGGAGGAAGGCAGGGCAACUUCACUCCAUACAGUGUGUCUUCCAAAACAUGCUGCCAAAUAUUUUCCAAGAACUGUUGUUCUUUCCCACCCUCCCAAUAAAUUGCGGUCAGUACAAUGUGUUGUCGAAGGCUUUCAUGGCUGGAAUCACUGGAUUGCUGUUAGUUUUCCGGGCGGUGUGGACAUAUUCCAUAAGCAUUCUCUCCUGACGUUUCACCCACAUCUAUGGCAGGAAUCCUCAGAGGUUGUGAGGUCUGUUGGAAACUAGGCAAGUGGGGUUUAUAUAUCUGUGGAAAAAUGUCCAGGGUGGGAGAAAGAACUCUUGUCUGUUUGACAAGAGAAGUCAGCCAUAGCAGAGCACUUCAUGACCCAACCUGGACAGAGCAUAUUAUUUGAGAACACAGAAAUGCUGGACCACUCUCACAACCACUAUGUCAGACUACAUAGAGAAAGCAUUGAAAUCCACAAGCAUGUGGACAAUUUGAAAAAAAAAAAGGGGGGGGGAUACAAUGAAAAUGAACAAAAUCUGGCUACCAGUAUUUAAAAACCCAAAGUUCAGGACAGUAAAUAAAGAACAACACUAAGAAAACAGAAGAAUUCCAGACAGGAAAGAACCACGGCCAGCUAACACCUUCCAACAAUGGAUUUCCCCAGGCAGGAAGCAGCCAGGCUUUGAAGCUACAAUGCUACUUAAUGCUAAUCAAGGUGGCCAAUUGCAACAUUCACACUUGCCUCCAACAGACAAGAGUUCUUUCUCCCACCCUAGACCUUCCACAGAUAUAUAAACCCCACUUUCCUAGUUUCCAACAGAGCUCACAACCUCUGAGGAUGCCUGCCAUAGAUGUGGGUGAAACGUCAGGAGAGAAUGCCUCUGAAACAUGGCCAUACAGCCCGAAAAACUCACAGCAGCCCACUCCGUCCAUUGUGCAUAUUCUGUUCAAUGGCCGAAUUUGGGUUUUUUCUGGUCUGAAAUGUUUAGACCACUUGAUAGGCUCCAUCGACAGCAUAGUUAAAGGUAUUUUCUCUCUAUUUUAACAGCCUAAAUUGAAUAAAAUAAAAGUACUCUGGUUUUCAAAUGGGAUUUUCAAUUUCCUUACACUGUACUGUAUAUGCACUUAAAAUCUAACCCCAAUUUCCUUGAAAUAUAAGAAACGAGUCGUAAUAUAAAUAAGGAUUAAGAUAUCUCACAUACGUUCAUAUGUAGGAAUGAAUUAAUCGCACUGUAAAGAGAAAAAGAAUGAUCACAAAAUUUAUUUUUUUAAGAGGAAGAGAGCAUGGGAUGGAUCCAGCCUUAGUAGCACUUAUUGGAAUUACGUCCGAUUUAUUUCAUUUUGAAUGAGGUCUGAAUAACCCCCUUUUAAGCCCGACUGAAGCCCUUAUGUAGCUCUCAAACAUAUCAGUGGGUUUUGGGGGGAUCCUGAAGAAUCAAGCCGAGAAUCACCUUUCAGACAAAUAUGGAAACAAGCAUUUUUAGCUGAAAGAAAUGUCCACUUUUCAUGAAGUUAUCAAACUGAGCACUAUUUUGUGUGCAAUAAAGCUGCUACCUAUUUAAUAUGUGGAGUCUUAGUGGGUGGUAGAGGACUGGAAAGCCUUCCACACAAUACAAUUACAGCACCGUGACACCACUUUAACUGCCCUGGCAAUUUGGAGUUCAAGAAGCAACAUUGAGAUUUCCCAGCUUCACCAAACUACAGGUCCCAGAAUUCCAUAGGAUGUUGCCAUGGCAAUUAAACUGGAAUCAUCGUGCUGCAGUGACGUAGUGCAGAAGAACCCUUGGCUAAAAGCCAAAUAGUGUUAUGGUCUUGUUUUGCUAGAGCAGUAGUUCUCAACCUGGGGGUCCCCAGAUGUUUUUGGUCUGCAACUCCCAGAGAUCCCAGUGUUAGGAUUUUUGGGAGGCCAAAAACAUCUGGGGACCCCAGGUUGAGAACCACUGCACUAUAUUAAACCACAAAACCUGUCCUGAAAACUUAUGAUCAUCCCAUAUUCUCAGGCAACGAAACCUGAAGCAUUGCCUAUGAAAAUGUGUCUUCAUUCAAAUAUAAAUCCUUCUAUGACUGCUUUCGAACUAGUUUCGUUGUCAAGUCUUUUCCCCAAAAAUAAAGUCCUAAUUAGAGGGAGAGGAAUAAUUGUUUUUAUCCAAUUGCUGCCAGUUAGAAGGCUAAUCUCUGCCCACUCUCCUAGCAACCCACUCAGCCCAGGGGACAGGCAGAGUUAAGCCUCACUUAGGCCUCUUUCACAUUGCCUAUAAAAUACAGAUUAUCAGAUUUGAACUGGAUUAUAUGGCUGUGUAGACUCAAGGCCCUUCCACACAGCUAUAUAACCCAUUUAUAAUCUUAUAUUAUCUGCUUUGAACUAGAUUAUUUGGACUCCACACUGCCAUAUAAUCCACUUCAGUGUGCAUUUUAUACAGCUGUGAAGAAGGGGCCUCAUAUAAUCCAGUUCUAAGCAGAUAAUAUAAGAUUAUAAAUAUAAUAUGUAAUAAUUACUGUGAUAUAAUAAUACAGAACAAUAUAAUCUCUAAAAUCAGGACAGUAAAUAAGGACCAACACUCUGAAAGCAUAAGCCACAGCAACGCGUGGCCGGGCAAAGCUAAUUUUAUAUAAAGACAUUGAAUAUUCUUGGACAGCCGCAAUGACUAUCAGGGUUCAUCCAUACUAUAGAAUUAAUGCGAUUUGACACCGCUUUAAGUGCCAUGGCUCAAUGCUUUGGAUUUCUAGGACUUGUAGUUUGGUGGGGCAUCAUCCCUCUAGCUCCCAGUAUUGAGCCAUGGUGGUAAAUGCUCUGUCAAACUGCAUUAAUACUACAAUAUAGAUCAGGCAUGGGCAAACUUUGGCCCUCCAGGUGUUUUGGACUUCAACUCCCACAAUUCCUAACCGCCGGUAGGCGGUUAGGAAUUGUGGGAGUUGAAGUCCAAAACACCUGGAGGGCCAAAGUUUGCCCAUGCCUGGUAUUGAUGCACGCUCAUUCAUUGGGAGAAUGCAUGUAGAGGCUGUAUAAAUGAAAUUGUUUACAUUGGAAAUGGUGGAGAGAACUGGGAUGAGGACCCGUCUGCACUAGUAUUAAAACCUCUUUGACACUGAAGCUGUACUACAAAAAAACCCUCUCUUUGUAACUCUGUUAAUUGCAGGGCCAUAGGGGACUCUUGUCUGAUGUACUGAAUAGACUUUCAAUAAGACUUGUGCAAAGAGAGCCUUUUUUUAGAAGCCUAAAUGUAUGAAUACAUACAACACCCUUAUACUACGGCUUGCACUUUACUUGCAUAUAAACUGUGAAGUAGGCUGUAGUGAGUUUAUUUUAUUGUAUGGGUAUAUCCAGGGGUUGAAGUAGCAAAGCAACAGUACUGUAUUGCUGGCUUUCAAUCUCUCGCUGUUAAAAAUGUCUCCACAAGACUGUUUCAGAGAGUUGAAGGUAAUAUGGGAAAGCCAUUAUUUUCCUGGGGUUUGCACACUCAUUUAUUUUUCUUUUUUAAUCCCAUCACCAUCUUGGGUGAAGAAGUAAACCCAAGACGAAGAAAAUCCUAGAUAAAACCCAGCAGUGAUAUGUUGGGUUCUGCCAAAUAGCUACAGUAGAGUCUCACUUAUCCAACAUAAACGGGCCAGCAGAAUGUUGGAUAAGCAAAUAUGUUGGAUAAUAAGGAGUCAUUAAGGAGAAGCCUAUUAAACAUCCAAUUAGGUUAUGAUUUUACAAAUGAAGCACCAAAACAUCAUGUUAGACAACAAAUUAGCCAGAAAAAGUAGUUCAGUAUGCAGUAAUGCUAUGUAGUAAUUACCGUAUUUACGAAUUUAGCACCAAAAUAUCACAAUAUAUUGAAAACAUUGACUACAAAAAUGCGUUGGAUAAUCCAGAACGUUGGAUAAGCGAGUGUUGGAUAAGUGAGACUCUACUGUAUAAUGAAUUAUAUUAACUAUCGACUAGCCCUAUGAACAACCUGGAUUCAAGUCCAGCAUUCCUAAAUAUGGGCUAUAUGGCACUGGCUGGGGAAUAAUACCCGGAAUGCUGCUUGGUUCCCAACUUGAAAGAAGCUCAACCAUCAAGGACCAUAUUUCAAAUAACACUUUGGUUGAAGGAGGACAUUGUUCCUUAAAUAUAACUUUGAAUUACAUUAUAUACUCAUGUAUAAAUGUAGAAAUGUGAGUCAAAAAUUCAACCCCCCAAAAAUCUGGCUUUCAAUCUCUUAUCGAAAAACAAACCUUCUCUUGAGUAGAAUGGCAAAAGGGAAGAGCUGAGUUCAUCCUCAGAAAACCUAAAACAAGCCAAGGUCGUUUCUGCUCUUUUUGAAUGUUUAGAUGGAAAAGCAUUGGUGCUUUCCAGUCUCUGCAUGACGACCCUCGAUUUAUCCAUGGGUUGAUAUCAGAAUACAAAAUUUUGUCACCUAAACCAGGCCUUGAGGCCGACUUAUACAUUGAGUAUAUACGGAAAGCCAGUUUGUGACAACUUCCAAGUUAGUAAACAAUUGUUUGAUCUGUUGUCGAAGGCUUUCAUGGCCGGAAUCACUUGUUUGUUGCGAGUUUUCUGGGCUGUAUGGCCAUGUUCCAGAAGCAUUCUCUCCUGAUGUUUCAACCACAUCUAUGGUAGGAAUCCUCAGAGGUUGUGAGGUCAGUUGGAAACUAGGCAAGUGGGGUUUAUAUAGUUGUGGAAUGUCCCCGGGCAAAUGUAAAUGUUGGACAGUAAAUAAAGAACAACACUCAGAAUAAUCCUUUACCGGGUCCCAAUUGGUUUCUUUCUUUGGUAAACCUUGGCUUGGAGAUAACCAAUAUGUAAGUUUGUCCAUGUUCAUCACCUCCAUGACUUUAUUUAACCACUCCUCCUUAUUUGGAAUCUCCUUAUUUAAACAAAUGAAAUUGGACCCUAUCUGCUGAAUUAGAUUCAAUCUUCAAGACUGUUGAUGACAAAGGGGAUGUGGUAACUUACUAGCUUUUUAAGGAUAUUCAGACAUAUAAAUACACAAUAUAUACAUGCAUAUAUAUAUAUAUAUAUAUAUAUAUAUAUAUAUAUAUAUAAAAAUUAUGAUGAACCAGCUAAAGUUAGAUGGAAGUCAAUAAACUCUUUUUAAAUUUUUAUUUUAUUUUAUUUUUAUUUUUUUAUCCCUCUUCUUGUUUUUUGUAUAUCCUAUUUCCUACUUUUCUAUAAAAAAUAAAUGUUCUCCCACUUUCGAUGUGAAAACUCUAAUAUUUGUUAACUUUUUUUUUCUUUUCCUAACCUCUAAUACAAAAUUUUCAAUAAAAAUAUAUUACAAAAAAAAGAACAACACUCAGAAGACAGGGGAAUUCCAGAUAGGGCCAGCUAACAUCUACCAAUAAAGGAUUCCCCCAGGCAGGAAUCAACCAGACUUUGAAGCUGCAAGGCUAUUAAAUGCUAAUCAAGCUGGCCAAUUGUAACAUUCAUACUUGCCUCAAACAGACAAGAGUUCUUUCUCCCACCCUGGACAUUAUUCCACAGAUAUAUAAACCCCACUUGCCUAGUUUCCAACAGACCUCACAUCCUCUGGGGAUGCCUGCCAUAGAUGUGGGCAAAACAUCAGGAGACAAUGUUUUUGGAUCAUAGCCAUAUAGCCCAGAAAACUCACAGCAACCCAACAGUUUGAUCAAUUCCUUCUCCCAAUCCUGAUCUGGAGGAAAUGCUCAGGCCAUAAAGUGCCAGUUCAGACAUCAACCGCAAAACAAGAGAGAAAAUGUCCUAUUCGAGAGCCAAAGAAGGAAGAGGAGAAAGGAGAUGGAUAUGGAUAUGUCCCUACAGGCCUCUUACUCUCGAUCUUCCAGAUCUUCGUUUGGAAGGUUUGCUGAAUGUAGUCAUUUAAGACUGCGCUUGAAAAAUAGUAAUGUUUUCCUUUUCUUUUCCCAAGCACCUUCAGCUCUCUGCAAAAGCUAUCAUUAGUCUCUUGUUGCGAAAAGGUCAGAUAUGAGUGUACUUGGAGAGAAAAGUCCGCUCAAGUCUAAAGUCAGCUUACUGUCGUUGACUAUGGGGUCCCUCCGUGGUCUUUCUUUUGUAAAUAAACAAUCCUUCUAACAACUUCUGUAGCAAUAGGAGGUUCUAAACCAAACUUUCACUUGGACUGUUUUCUUUUUCCCAAACGACGACAACAAAAUCUCGAGCGCCUUGUAUUUAAAAAGAGAGAGAGAGAACCUAUGUCUUCGGAGCAUUUUUGUUUACAUGAUAAUAUGUAUAUAUAAAUAUACAUAUAUAUUAGAGGCAGAACUGUUAUUUAUCACACUUUUUAUGUUGUGCGUCCUUCUUUCUAAAAGUCUUUUCUGUCACUGAGAAAUAUUUUCUAUAAAUGGAGAAAAAUGUAUCCGAGGGAGUUCCCCGCACCCGUCCUGAAGCUUGAAGAAUGAAACCGGUUGUGUGUGUUUUACCUAUGUAGCUGUGCAAGAAAACCAAAAUGUGAUAUAAACUCAUAAAACCAGGGAGGAAUUUGCUCAAUUGCAUCGCAGACUAUGGCUUGCCCUGUGGUUUGAAAGCUUAAGAAUACAUUCUUUAUAUAUAUUUUUUUCCAUGGGGAGAAUACCCCCCUUAUCCUCAUAUUGAGCUGUCACCAUUCUCCAUCCCAGCCCAAGAAAGAUAGAGAGGAAGAAAAUGGAUUUAUGGUACAAUCCUGCACAUUUCGACUCCAAAGUCACUCCCAUUGAUUACAAUGGAGCUUGUUCUCAAUGACCUGAGUACAGGAUGGCCACCUUGGGCAGGUAAACCUCAAUUUCAAUCCCUGGAUAAUAACAACAGGUUCAUUUGUGUCCCUUUUUUCCAGUUUCACCAAAGUCCUACCUUGAGAAGUGAUCCACUGAUUGAUAUAAAACUAUGAAUGUUGGUUUUCCUUUCCUUCUUUUUUAAAAAUAAAACUCAAAACUCAGUUCUCUGUGAAUUACUGUACUUGGCUGCAUUUGUUUUCUAUCACGGAAUAACUUGUUGAUUAUAGUUUUUCAUUUUGCGUGUCUACAAUGAGAAGUGAUGAAUGGAGGAAAACUUUCACUGUGUGUUGCUCACUGGGCAUAUACCUCAUGGUACAUUGCACAGACGUGUAAGUUGUAAGUUGCACUGCAACAUUAUAAAAGGAACAUAUUGCUCUUUUUUCAAAGAUAUUAACUUAUUUAAAAAUAUAUAUAGACUGUACAUUAUUGAAAAAAGGACAUUUAUUCUUCCUAAAUCCAAAAGUAGCUUUUGUUUUUGUUUUGUUUGUUUUUUUGUUUUUUUUGGGGGGGGGGGACGUCGUAAAACUUCAGUUGUUGAUUUGGACUUCAAUAAAAUGAAUUCUCUGCACUUUAGGAA